GCCUACGUGGACUAGUCGCCAACAUGAAGCUGGGCGAACAAUAUUUUAGCUACAUAAGACGGCUGAUGACUGUCUUCGGCAUUUGGGUCAUAAAAGAAGAACUUUCUCAAUCGAAAAAAAAACUUUACGCUGUAUACCGUAUAACAAUACAGAUGGUAUGUGUUUCAUCAAUGAUUUCUUAUAUUUUGGAUGUGCCCGCAUUACUCAAAAGUAACCAGACCGAAGCAUUUAGUAACAUCGGAGUGAUAAUAUUCUUCGCUACCGUAAUCAUCAAAAUGAUAAUGUGCCAAUCGCAACCGAUCGUCAAGUUACUCCGUAUUGCGGUACAGCAAGACUUUCAAGCCGUUAAAGACAUCAACGUGGAAGUAGAGGCCAUAUACAAAACAGAAACUAAAGUCAAUAAUUUCUUGAUCACUAUCGUUAUGGGGUCUAUGACGAUUGUAUCAGUUGGCUUUCUAGUGUUUGGCGACUUCAACUGCUACAGGUAUGUCAAGCAAUACAGCAAUGCAACGGAUAAACCGAUGCUUUUAAACUAUUGGUAUCCUUUCGAUACCAAUAAAUACUACGCGUUAGUCCUCAUAGACCAGAACAUCAGACAAAUUCUUAGCGCGCUUUGUACCGCUACGGUGAACGCGUUCGUAAUCUCGAUAAUUAUCUUCGCUCGGCUUCAGCUUAAGUUGCUGCAGUAUAGUUUCAAGAACUUUCACAAGCUGACGAGAGAUAAAAACAGUGCAGGAGGCGCAAACGUGUUAAAACAGUUAUGCCAAAAACAUUUGGAUCUGAUCAAUUAUAUCGCAGAUCUAAACCAAGCUUUUAACGUUAUAAUAUUUAUGGAGUACAUGAUAUUAUCGAUUACGUUUGCGGCAGAGACUUUGCAAAUCAUCGACGGGGGUGAAAAGGUCUUAUUUGCUUGCGGAGUAUUGUCAAAUUCGAUAAUUCAACUGCUUAUAUUCUCUUGGAGUUCUGAUGAGAUUAUCAUUCAGAGCAAAGAACUGGCCACAGCCCUCUUUGAAAGUAACUGGUACGACUAUGAUAAAGAAACCAAAGUGAUGGUGCAUAUAAUGAUAAUGAGAUGCCAGAAUCCGCUCAGCUUGACGAUCGGCAGUUUCGGUGUAAUGGAUUUAGAUGUCGGACUUUCGGUAAAUAACCUUUUGGUACGACUCAAACUGGCCUAUUCCUACACAUCUGUUAUGACAAAUUGAGAUUAAUAAGAAUAUAUGAGCACUUAGAGCAGGAAGUUCGGUUUAUAAUUCAUAAUGUUCUCCAUGUUUGUAAUUCAAAAAUAAUAAAGGUGAUCAGCAACAAGGUGUCCGAAAUAAAG